UAUCACUUGAUCACUUUGAUCUGUAUUUAAUCUAUGUUUCUAACCAGCGCAGGAAGUGAGGCUAUCCGCAGGUAACAGUUGUCAUGUUUAGUGGUAAGAAUUCCACGUUGUGGCCGUGGAGACCUGGGCUCGAAUCCCAGCAGCCACACCUUAUAUUAAGGUUCCUCUUUUUUUCUCAUUGCCUUUGGUAUAUGCUUGUUUAUCAUCUUCCCUCGGUUGUAUCAUACGCAUCUUCGAACAUUCCUCUGUAUAUCCAUGGUUCUCGCGUCUCAUAUACCUCUUCUCUCAUUCGUUUCUGUCAGCUAGCCAUGGAAGACAUACUUCCUCCCAGUCCCAGGCGUUCUAGCAACUCAAACUCUUUUUUUUCCUCCAGCAAGUCCUCCAUCGCCAGCAUAUCUAGCAGCAGCAGGCUUACGUUUUUCUCGCCAGACCAGGCCAGUCCUCGCACUGUGGUUGUGGUUUUUGAUGUUUCGAGAGAAGUCUCUCUGGAUGUUCUCGAGUGGACAGUGGAGCGAAUAGUCCAGCCAGGGGAUUGCUUAAUUCUUCUCGGAAUACUUCACGAGAUCCUCACUCCUAUGGGUUACAAAUCCAAGGUGGACUUUGCAUCUUUCAACGGAGUGAACUUCAAGUGCCUAGAGGAAGAAACAGCGAAAACGAUCAAGUACUACAAUAUAAAAUCGAUCAAAGUCCAGCAGCUAUGCGAUGAGCACCGAAUCAAGCUUGACGUGAGAGUUGCCAAGGGGCAUCCACUCGAUCUGAUCGCGUCCCAAGAAGCCAAGAAACUUAAAGCGUCCUGGGUAGUGUUGGACAGGGGCUUGAAAAGAUAUAAGAGGAACAUUGUGGAGCAGCUAUCGUGUAAUGUUAUACUCAUGGACCGGAAUAAUGAAGGGAAGCUCCUGAAGGUAUCUGAAUCCGUAGUUCUGAAUCCAUCCUUACAACUCAGCAGCGACGUAUCUUCAGAUAGUCCUAACGAGGGAUCAGUGAGCAGUCACAAAACUUUAGCCGAGAGGCAGCAGAUUAUCGCACUCGAGCUCGAAAGCAAGCAGCAGCAUGGUCCCGAAACAGAAACUCGAGAAGUAACGCAUUCUGAUCCGGCACCCCCGGUAUGCUUGAUCUGCGAGAGCCAGAAACGUUUUAGGACGACAACGAACUUCACGUAUGCUGAGCUUGAGGAAGCCACCCUCAACUUUUCCCCAGGAAACUUCUUAGCCGAAGGUGGCUACGGGCCGGUCUACAGAGGGAUAUUGAAGGAUGGACGAUACAUUGCUGUGAAAAGAAACAAGGAUGCGAGCACGCAAGGGGAAAAAGAAUUCAAGGCGGAAGUCGAAGCUCUCAGCGGCGCACAACAUCGAAACCUGGUGACGCUUCUCGGGUUUUGCAUCGAAGGCGGAAAGAGGAUACUGGUAUAUGAAUUCGUCUGCAACAAGUGCUUGGACUGGCAUCUCUCGGCUGCGAAUACGAAUGUCUUGCCUUGGUCUGCGAGGCAUGCGGUCGCUGUGGGAGCUGCAAGAGCAUUAAGAUAUCUCCACGAAGGCUGCCGAACUGGAUCCAUCGUCCACAGAGACGUGCGGCCUCACAAUAUUCUUCUCACACACGACUACACUCCAAAGGUUGGAGACUUUGGCUUAGCAAGAUGGCAAAGCAACGAUGAUUCGCCUGCACAAACAAGGCUCGUCGGAACUCUCGGCUAUCUGGCUCCAGAGUACAUCUCCAGCGGCGAAGUUACCACCAAAACCGACGUCUAUUCAUUUGGCGUGGUUCUCCUGGAGCUUAUCACUGGACGAAGAGCCAUUAAUCUGUCCUUGCCUGCUGGAGAGACAAGCCUCAUAGAAUGGGCUCGUCCCAUGAUUGAAACCAGAGACGCGGAAUCGCUGAUUGACAAGAGACUUGGAGACAAGUUUAACAUGUACGAGUUACACUGUAUGAUCCACGCGGCUUCGUUUUGCCUGCGAGCGGCUCCGUCAGAGCGAGCCAAGAUGAGCCAGGUUUGUGUUUGUCUGUGCCUCACGAAGAACUCUACAAGAUCACUUUCUUGCAUUCCAGAUUUUGAGGAUUCUCGGCGAAGAGUGAUUAGAAGUACCUGCUAUUGUUUGUAGUGUCAAUACGUCAAUACGUCAAUACUAAGAACGUCGUAAGAUGGAACCAUUUGCCAAA